AUGAAGUUCAUGAAACUUGGUUCCAAGCCAGAUACUUUUCAGAGUGAUGGGAACAAUGUUAGGUAUGUGGCAAGUGAGUUGGCAUCAGACAUCAUUGUUAGCAUAGGAGAUAUAAAGUUUUAUUUACAUAAGUUUCCUCUUCUAUCAAAGAGUUCUCACUUACAGAAGUUGAUCUCCCUCACCAAUGAAGAAAAUUUAGAUGAAGUUCAGAUUUCUGACAUUCCUGGUGGUGCAAGUGCCUUUGAGACAUGUGCUAAGUUUUGCUAUGGCAUGAUUGUUACCCUUAAUCCUUACAAUGUAAUAGCAACUCGAUGUGCAGCAGAGUAUCUUGGAAUGCAUGAGGCUAUUGAAAAAGGAAACCUCAUUUACAAGAUUGAUGUUUUCCUCAGCUCUAGCAUUUUCCGUAGUUGGAAAGAUUCAAUCAUCCUUCUUCAGACUUCAAAGUCUAUGUUAACCUUUGCUGAGGACCUAAAGGUGGUUAAUCAUUGCAUUGAAUCUAUAGCAAAUAAGGCAUGUGCUGAUGUAUCCAAAGUUGACUGGUCCUACACCUAUAACCGGAAAAAGCUUCCUGAGGAAAAUGGGAUUGAGUCAAACCAGAAUGGAAUCAGAACUCGACUGGUGCCAAAAGACUGGUGGGUUGAAGAUUUAUGUGAACUUGAAGUUGAUUUGUACAAGUCUGUAAUUGCAAAUAUUAAAUCCAAGGCACUUCAAUCUAACGAAGUAAUUGGUGAAGCUUUGAAAGCUUAUGUUUACAGAAGAUUGCCAAAUUUCAGUAAGGGUAUGAUCCAAUGUGGGGAUGUGUCAAAGCAUCGCAUGAUAGUUGAAACUAUUGUGUGGUUGUUGCCUGCUGAGAAAGGCAGUGUUUCUUGUAGAUUCUUACUCAAAUUAUUGAAAGCUGCCAUUUUUGUAGAAUCAGGCGAUAGGAUUAAAGAAGAGCUGGUCAAGAGAAUUGGGCAGCAACUGGAGGAAGCUUCUGUAAGUGACAUUUUGAUUCGCGCACCAGAUGGGGAUACUACAAUCUAUGAUGUUAGUAUAGUACAGAAAAUUUUAAGAGAGUUUUUUAUGAUAGAUCACAAUGCCGAGAUUGAAUCAGUUGGGGGUGGUGAACUGGAGGGAAUAAGAAAGCCAGGAAUAUUAUCAGAUGCAUCCAAGCUAAUGGUUGCAAAACUCAUAGAUGGAUACCUGGCCGAAAUUGCAAAGGAUGCCAACUUGCCUUUGUCAGAUUUUGUUAAUCUUGCUGAUUUAAUGUCUACAAUCUCUCGACCUGCUCAUGAUAGCCUUUACAGGGCUAUUGACACAUAUCUGAAGGAGCACCCUGGAAUCAGUAAGAGUGAAAAGAAGAGGAUAUGCAAGCUGAUGGAUUGUAGAAAGCUAUCAGUUGAUGCAUGUUUGCAUGCAGUGCAAAAUGAGAGGCUACCAUUGCGUGUGGUUGUGCAGGUACUAUAUUUUGAGCAGGUAAGAACUGCUGCAUCAUCAGGUACAAGCACUCCUGACAUACCUAAAGGAAUAAAAGAUUUGAACAAUGAAUCCAAUGGUAGCUCAAGGUCAGGGACAACUAACCCAGAAGAUGACAUGGAUGGUGUAGCCACAGCUGAGGAGCUGAAGGCAUUGAGAAAAGAACUUGCAUCAUUGAGGCUGAGCAAUGGAGUUGGAAACAAUGACAAAGAUGGAGAUACCAAACCCAGCAUGGACAAGGCUGUCAUUGGCAAGGUGAAAGGGUUGCUGAAGUCUAAGAAAUCUUUCAUAAAGCUUUGGGCCAGCAAAGGGGGACAAGGGGAAAAUAGUGGCUCAGACUCGUCAGAGAGUAUUAGUUCUGCUAAUCCAGAAGAAGCCAAAUCUACUCCUUCCAGAAAUAGGAGGCAUUCAGUUUCCUGA